UUUCGAGGGAUAUAUGCAGGCGACACUGCUCAAUAUAUACCCGUGUGUGCUUUCGGCCGUGCCAGGCUGCCCAGGCCACCGCUCCCUCCUUGAGAACUACAACGGGCAUGACACCCGACGCAUAUGGCGUUCUCAAUCACAUUUAGGGCCGAGCUGAAGUCGAAACCUGUGGUUUUCGGUGUCUUGAAAGUUGGAGAAGGUUGCUUCGUAGAGUAUGAGGCACACCCAGAGCACUCGCCUUCACACCACUUAAGAUACGGCCACCUGCCAAGGCUUGAGAUCGCCACACCCGGGGAAGACGUUCACGGGCCAAUCGAGUUAGCCUCGAUUAACCACUCUCCUCUAGGCAACUUGUUGCUUUUCCAGGUUGCGGAAGCGACCCCUUCACCGGACAAGAUAGGACGAGGGGCCAGGCAGCAAGGAUACACACUCGCCCAAGUUUCGAGGACACCCCAGCGCCGAGAGGUUGUCUAUCAUCCUUAUCUCUCGCUCUGCCCCCCUUCUAUUUUCUUCCGUUCUUCGCAGUUAGCACUGCGCAACCGCUUAGCUGCAUCAUUACGAAGUGUUUUGUUCCCAGCCAUCCCGCCAGUGGCGGCGCAAUACUAUCUACCGGCGAUCUCCAAUUAUGUGCUCAUCAAGAACAACCUAUCACGUAUUAAAGUCGGAAGGGGUCAGCUUGCACAGCGCCUCGCAGUGGGGCUAGCUUGCUGUUGCGAAUUUCCCGUGGUGAUCUCGGCUGCCCCCAUCAUUGGAAAAACCUGUUGUUGUGUUCGAGCCCGCAGAGUAUUACUUCUAGUUUGUUGGAGUCCCGCGGUUAUGCGACAGGGAUACCUGUAGACUAUUAAUCCGCAACGUCACCGGGAUGGGAUAAACGAGAUACGAAACAUGUCUCGACUUGCUUAUUCUAGCCCUUAUCAACGAUUCGCGGUGGCGAAUUAGAUGUGCCAAUGGUUGUCUAAGAAUGAGUUACCGGAAAAGCCCACUCGUGAAGAAUCCUUAUAUGAGUAGGGCGUUGUGACUUCAUAAACGGGUGACCGGCACAUCUGUUUCUCUA